UUUUAUAUCUCUUGUUGGUUUCUUCUUCUGAUAUAAAGUGCGUGUAUUUGUGGGUUGCGGGCCUCACAAUGUUUGUGCACACAACCUGUUCGACACAUAAUCUAUAUGAAAUUAUGGAAGCUUCGUCUUUCAUUUCUCUGCAUUUGUUGUCCAUCUAUCACUGAAUAUGAAUGUUCUUCACUUUUCGACUUUCUUCCGACUAAUCUUAGAGAACUCCGGGUGAAAAUAUAAGUCAUCCUUGGUUUUCGAAGUCUUACAAAAAUAGCAUUUUGUGUAGGCACAGUACUCCAUUUCAGCUGUCUAUUCAUGGAAGAAUGUAAUGCUUGGGGGUGAAAUGAUAAAAACUUAUUAACUUGUGCCAAGGGACAUUUUAGAAGUUUUGCUUCUCAUCCCUUGGAGUUCGGUUGGUAAACAAAGAGCAUACGUUUAUUUCGAAUGCUAAAAAGAAAACAAAUUGGAUACUGGAAGUGAACUUUGCAUUUCUUGAGACCUUUCUGAUAUGAGCCUAUUUAAGCGGUUGAUACCCAUUAAACAACGGCUUGUUGAUGCUGUGAAGCACGUUAGAGGACCUUCCUUUUGCUUUCUCCAUCCAGUGCCAGCUAGUUAUGUGGAACUUCAUUCUCAAGAGCAGGAAGUAGUAAUUGCUCUAGGAAGCAAUGUGGGUAACAGACUCAAUAAUUUUAACCAGGCGUUACAGUUGAUGAAGAAAUAUGGCAUCACCAUUACUAGACACGGUUGUUUGUAUGAGACAGCACCUGCCUAUGUGACUGAUCAGCCUCACUUUCUUAACUCUGCAGUUAGAGCUGUAACAAAACUUGGUCCACAUGAGUUGUUGGGAGUGCUUAAGAAGAUUGAAAAGGAUAUGGGUCGUACUUAUGGUAUAAGAUAUGGGCCAAGACCAAUUGAUUUGGAUAUAUUGUUCUAUGGAAAGUUCAGGAUUAAUUCAGACACACUUACAGUUCCCCAUGAGAGAAUAUGGGAGAGACCAUUUGUAAUGGCUCCAUUGAUGGAUGUACUGGGAUCGGAUGUUGAGAAUGAUACUGUUGCUUGCUGGCAUUCUUUGUCAACACAUUCAGGUGGACUUUUUGAAUCAUGGGAGAAACUGGGUGGUGAAAACCUCAUUGGGAAGGAGGAGAUGAAACGAGUCCUGCCAAUUGGAAACCACUUGUGGGAUUGGUCACGAAAGACAUCUGUGAUGGGUGUUAUUAAUUUGACCCCAGAUAGUUUUAGUGAUGGAGGGAAGUUCCAGUCUGUGGAUUCUAUAGUUUCUCAUGUCUGCUCGAUGAUUUCGGAAGGGGCAGAUAUUAUUGAUUUUGGUGCUCAAUCAACAAGACCAAUGGCCUCUAGGAUAUCCCCUCAGGAAGAAUUAGAUAGACUAAUGCCUGUCUUGGAAGCUGUUGCAAAGAUACCAGAGAUGAAUGGAAAGCUCAUAUCUGUGGACACCUUUUACUCUGAAGUUGCUUUAGAAGCAGUGAAAAAUGGAGCUCAGGUUGUAAAUGAUGUGUCUGGGGGGCAGUUGGACCCUAACAUGACUAAGGUUGUUGCUGGCCUGGAGGUUGCUUAUGUUGCAAUGCACAUGAGAGGAGACCCAACAACAAUGCAAAAUAGUGAGAACUUACAGUAUGAUAAUGUCUGUAAGCAGGUUGCUUCUGAGUUGUACUCGCAGAUUAAAAAUGCAGAAUUAUCAGGUGUUCCAGCUUGGAGAAUUAUCAUGGACCCUGGCAUUGGAUUUUCAAAGAACACUUGGCAUAAUUUGGAUAUCCUUAUGGGGUUACCAACUAUUCGAGCAGAGAUUGCAAGGAAAAGCUUGGCCAUGUCUCAUGCUCCUAUGCUUAUUGGACCUUCCAGAAAGAGAUUUUUAGGUGAAAUUUGUGCUCGGCCUGCAGCAGUUGAAAGAGAUCCUGCAACUGUUGCUUCCAUCACUGCUGGGAUUCUGGGAGGUGCCAACAUUGUAAGAGUACAUAAUGUUAGAGAUAAUCUAGAUGCUGCAAAGCUAUGUGAUGCCAUGCUGAGACAGAAGCGGCCUUCUGCAUAAUAGUAGUCGCUAGAUGGGCCUGCCUGGGGCUUAAGGCUUAACAGGCACUAGGUCUGGUGCCUUCAACGUGGUCAGGCGGUGAGCUAACUGAGAUGAUUGCCUUUUUCCAAGCGUGAGACGUACAAAUGUGUGCAUUUUGUUUUCAAUAUUUUGACAGCAACGAUUUAUUUGAUGUUAUUUUAUCUAUACUGUUGUAUAAGUUUGCAAAGUUGGGUGUUAGUGUAUGGUGUCUGAUAGUAUGUCCUAUCAAAAUGAAAGCAACAGAAGAAGAAUAAUGACAAGGUC